GCUUAGCCUACCAAGAGAGGAAAGAGGGGAAAAAGAAGAAACUUUGAAAAAAGAAAGUAGUGUUUUACUUCAAAGCCCGACCAGAGGUUGGCGAUUACACCAUUUUCAUGGGUCUCGAGAAGUACGAGAACGAGGAACUCAUUAAAUUCGGCUUGCCCGAAGAUAUUUGUUUUGUUACAGGUUCCAUGCGGAUAAAAUGUCUUCUGCUCAUGUUAAGACUUCAAAAAGGCCAGACCAUCGAUGAUAUCAGCGAAAGUUUGCUUGAAGAUUGUGCUCUGCUUGUUAAAGCUAAUUCCUUCCAAGGUGCGGACUGUGAGAGUGGAGAAGCGGAUAAAUGAGAUUGUUAACAGGUUGAAUAAGACUAAAGUGGAAAGGAAACCUGAUUUGAAAGCUGAGAGAGAAGCCGUUAAUGCCGCAGAAAGAGCAGAGAGAAGCCAACAGCUAAGGGAAAAAAACGACACGAGGAGCUGCAAAGGCUUGAAAAGGAGAGACAAGCUGAGAUACGAAGCUACAAGGGUCUCAUGGUCUCUGAAAAGAUGACGUCAAACAAACAAAUUGCAUUGACAAGCAAGUCUUUGCAGGAACUUGAAGAGGAUUUCAUGUAAACAUAUUGGUAUUUGAAUGCCAAUUAAGAUGCUGAAUACCUUACUGCUCGUGAAAAAAUGGCAGUUUGUUGUUACUUGUUUUCUUUAUUAUCAUUAUUGCAGGCUUGAAGUUAUUUGCCUCAGGAAUAAGUUACUUCAGACCUGACACUAAUUGAUAGGAAAAAGAGACCAAGAGAACGCAUGAAUUGGACUGAAAUUGCAGUAAAAUGGACUGAAAUUGCAGUAAAAUGAAGAUUGGGUUGAUAUUCUACUGAACAUGAUUCAUGAUUCUAUUACUGGUUUAAUGUAGUUUAUUCUGAUUGCAAAAUUGCAAGGCUUCAUGCCAAUCACUAUGGUUUUGCUUAUGUUAUGGCCAUCAAGGGUUGGAAAUUACUCGUAAACAAAUUUUAUAUUAUUGUACUACUGAAUUUAUGACAAUAAUUUUUGCAUGUCGAAAAGGUGCCCCUGAGUAUCAGCUCACUUCCACCACCACUAUGGGAAGCACAUGUAGAUGAGCCGUUCCUCGGUGUCCCAGUCAUGUUGUUGUAACACCCCCAUUGGACCUCAAAACAUGGAAAGUGGUCAAGUGGUGGGUUUCACAUUUGUCAGCACGAGAGGCCGUUCUGCGAAACCAGUCUGAUGGUUUUCAUCCCCAACAGCAUAAUAUGGGCAUGAUCCCACACAUGAUGGCACCAAUCUAUUAUCCUCAACAAAUGUAUGGUGGACGCCUUAUGGCGGCCGCGGGUCAACAACAAUAUGUUGAUCAGCAAAUGUACGGCCGGUCCAUUAGGAAACGGUUCCAGAAACACUUCCUAGAUGGUUCUUUUUUGUUGUCUUUUGUGAUUCGCAUGAAAUAUUAAUGUUAUUGUGAUAUAAUGUUUGUCUGUGUAUAUAUGUAUCUGUAGUUUUCUUUUUAAUUGUAAAGGUUUUUAUUUUCUGAAACUUGGAAUUUUGGCUA